AUGGUGAUCCAUUGUAAAUCAAAUUUGAAUACUAUUCUUAUCAUCGUGUUCAAUAUAUUUCUUUUAAGAUGGAAUUAUUUUUCUAUAACAUAUGGAAGUCUUUUAUGCUUAUCUUCAUUUCUGUAUAGUGGUGAGAGUAAAUAUUAUAAUAAUAAUAAUCAAUAUCAUUACUAUUAUUAUUCGUCUUCUAAUUCUUCGACUGCACCGUCCUCUUCAACACAACAACCUGUGGAUAAUUAUCUAAGAGGUCCAGAGAAUCAAUCUGUACUAUAUAAUACAAAUACGAUAAUGCAUUGUAGAGUUUAUAAUAAAAAUUAUAAUAUAUCGACUAAAUUGAAGGUAUUUUAUGAACAAUAUUUAAGUGUACAAUGGAUUAUUGAUGGUUUCGGUGUAAAUAAUGAAAGUUUAAAAGCUGUCCAUGGGGAGAGAUAUUCUAUGCCAGGACCAGUUGAACAAGGCAAUUUCGAUUUACACAUUAAAAAUGCUCAACUUGAAGAUGAAGCCAGUUUUAUUUGUCAAGCAAAUAUCAAAAUUUAUUCAAAUUCAGGUUCAUCGCCAUAUUUGGAUACAAUUACCAGUAAACCAGCUUAUUUGACUGUUAUAUAUCCUCCUUCAGAAUUAACACUGAUGCGUGUAUCCGACAGCUCCUCAGAUAAACGUGGUCAAAUGUCACACGGUGCAAAUUCUGUAAAUAUGUUGUCGAAUAUCCAUUUACCAAAUUAUGCUGGUGAUAAUCAUAAUGAAUAUUCAACAGACGAUCCAUUGGAUCCCUUAGUUGAUAGAGAUCUUAGUCGGAUCGUAGCUGAUGAUCCUGAAAUUGAAUCGUCCUAUGUAUAUAAUAAAAAUCUAGUCCAUCCCGGUAAUCCACCUUCUGACCUACAGUCAACAUCACAGAUCAACUCCCUGAAGACAAUAGCUACGAGUCAAGUUUCAUCUAUCGAGUCAGAUGUGUCACCUCAACACACUCCCAAACUAUGGAUUCCUGAAAAUAAACAGUUAAUUGUUGCCUGUCGAACAUCUCCAUCAAAGCCCGUGACUACAAUCCAAUGGCAUUUAGCCGGUACACUGUUGUUUAAAAAUCCCGGUUUAAGUGAGUAUUUCCUGGGAGUGGGAAAGCCGCAGAUGAAUGACAGUGAAUCACAAUAUUUCUCUAAUAAUCAGAAUCAUCCAAUUCAAUAUUCAAUUGAAGAGAAAAUUUUGAAUGUAUCAGAUAAAUUGUUGGCGAUGAAAAAAGAUGACAAACUGUAUGAAACUGAAGUGUUUGAAAAAGAUUCACAAGAAAAGAAUUCAACUGAUGAAAUACAAAUGCAAAUAACCCACAGCCAACUUACACUGUUAGUUCAAAGAAGAUUUCAAGGCUGGCAGUUGGAUUGUGGUGUCAGUAACUCAGAGGAUUUUAUGCCGGCGAAACUGCCUACUAUAACAUCAAUUCUUGAACCAAUGUAUAUCGAAAGUGUAAAAAUACAUAUCAUAAAUCAUUCAGAAUAUCAAAAUUUUCGUGAAGGUCAAUCUGUCAAUUUUGAAUGUUUAACUAAGACGAAUCCAAAAUCACCACUUUAUAGUUGGACAAUUGGUAAUUCAAUCCCUUCAAUGGAAUAUGAACCUUUAAAUGUUAUACUGGAUACACGAAUAGAGUCAAAAAGUAAUGCAGAUAAUAAACAUGAACACAGUUUAAUCGCCUUACAAAAUGAUGCUAGUAUUCUACAGUUGACUGUCAAUAGAGCAAUGCAUCAAAAAAGGAUACGAUGUUGGGUUGGUAUUGAAACACCUGAUCUAAUGCAUCAAAUUACAAAUGUCUCAUUACAAGGAUUCUUAUCGAAUAAAGGUUCCACAUGUGCAUCAGAUUGUAGAAAGUUGAGAAAUACUCUGAGGAAAAGAUUGAAAAAUAUGAUAUGGGAUAAAGGAGAAUAUCAGUUAGAAGUUACAUAUGGUCCAGCUUUUUUAACUCCAAUGAAUGAUCUACUUUCCGGUGAAUUAGGCCAAAUAUUAAAUUUAGAAUGUACAGCAGAUGCAAAUCCUGAAUCUGAUGUCUCCCUAUAUCAUAUUGGACCUGAAGGACAAAUACUUCUGGAAGAUUUAACAAAACUUGAAUUAGUUCAAUAUCAACGUCACAGUCACAUGGCUGCAUUACGUGGACAAGAAAGCAGAUUAGAAUCUCAACACGUAUUUUGGAAUAGUGAAGCUGAAGUAACAGAAUUCAAUACAACUAUUCUUAAAUCUGUUAUUUAUUCAAGUGGAAGAAAGCUGUUAGCUUCUAAAGUGAAGCAUGUUUCAUACAAACUUCAUUUGUCAACCCACUUACAUUUUGGUUUCUACGCAUGUGUUGCUCAAAGUCGUGGUUAUCCACCGAUUUAUCGUGCAAUCUAUGUUGGACAAGCAGCAUCACCAAAAAUUGUGAAAACUGAUCAAAUCAUCAGCUAUGAUGAGAACUCAGCGAAAUUAUUCUGUUUAGUGUACAGUAUUCCUAGACCUACAGUUCAUCAGAUAAUGUGGUUAAAAAAUGGAGUUGCACUGAAACCAGAUAAAAGGCUUCUCAUCUAUCAGGAGAAAACACAUCGUGGAGUUAAAAGUGUACUGGUCUUUCGAAAAUUACGUUCCACUGAUUUUUCUACUUAUAACUGUACAGUAUUCAAUGAUUAUGGAUCAGAUUGGAGGCUAAUAUCAUUAACAGAUGACAGCAAAUGGUCGUUGACAUUUGCUAUCGGAAGUGGACUUGCUGCACUGUUGGCUACAGUAUUUGUCACUGUGAUAUGCUGUUUUAUUAAAUAUGCUCGAAUGCGACGUGUAAAUUCAAAGAAUCGUUUAAAAUUAUUUGAAGGUUCUACAGUUCAGAAAAACAAUGGAAGCGAAGAUGUUCAUAAUGAUAUGGAAUUGCAAACUAUGCUGGGUUCUAAAUCGUCACAGUCAGCUGUAUUGGGAUCCAACUAUAACGAAAAUAUAAAUAUGAAUACUAGUAACAAUGAGUAUUAUCCAACUCACAGUCAGUACAAAUCUGAUAUUGGGACGUUAACUAAUGACAGUGGAAUUUUAAAAUAUACAAGUUAUGAUUUAAACAGUCCAACCCAUCGAAGUGAUGCAAAUACAGAUUUUAUAAAAGAGAAUUAUACAAAUUAUCCUCCGGAUGCAAAUUCAGGAAGCCCUUUGCCUUUCUCUCAUUUAUACUUAUCACCGGUUAAACCUCUCCCCGCUUCACUUAACAACACAACCGGUAGCUAUCAUCAUAAUCCCUAUUGUGAACUACCACAAAUGAAUGCCCAGAUGAAUUCAACUGUAAACACUCUUUCCCCGUUAAAUACACCUGAUUAUCCUAUGAAUAUUAUCUCCAGUUUAAAGCAUCCUGAUAUUACAUCCUUAGUGCAUACAAAUACAUUAUUAGCUCGUGGUUCAACCUAUUUGGAAAACUCUGCCGCCUCCUCCUCUGCACAGACAACAUUCUCGCCCUUAUCACCACAAUCCAAUGACACGUCAUCAUCAUCCCCUUUAGGUCCUAUUUUUCUAAUGACUUCAGAUAUAAACUAUCCGCCUGGUGGUAUGCAUCAUCACAGUACUGCAAAUUCUACAACGACGACUGUUCUGUUACCGCCGGUGGUGUUUGAAGCGACAAAUGAUCAGAGUGUACUGUGUAAUCCAUACAACAACAAUAAUUCAUUGUGUUCGAAUACCUCAAUCCUGUUGAAUACAAAUAAUAAUGUUGCAUCAGAUAUCUCCUUCAUCCCAUUUAGUGUGAACAAUGUAAAUCAACAACAACAGACAUAG